UGCGGACCCGGAGAGAGACUCUUUGAAGGUACUCCACUCCGCUCUCCCCAGUCGGUAUGCAGCAGGCCCCAAAGAGGAGGCAACGAGAACGGGAGGAGGGCCGCGUACGGCGAGGAUUUAACCCAACAAGAACACGAAUCGACGAUGAGACGUUCGCCGUUGGCGUGAAGGACAUUUAACAACAACAACAAAAAAACAAUUUCGCUCAUAUUCGCCUGGCUUUUUUUCCCACUUUAAAAAUGGCGAACGACUCUCCGGCUAAAAGCCUAGUGGACAUCGACUUGGCAUCCCUGCGGGAUCCUGCUGGGAUUUUCGAGCUGGUGGAAGUGGUGGGAAAUGGCACCUAUGGACAAGUGUACAAGGGUCGACAUGUCAAGACGGGACAGUUGGCGGCCAUUAAGGUCAUGGACGUCACAGAGGAUGAAGAGGAAGAGAUCAAACUGGAGAUCAACAUGCUGAAGAAGUACUCGCACCACCGUAACAUCGCCACUUACUAUGGUGCCUUCAUCAAGAAAAGUCCGCCGGGACACGAUGACCAGCUAUGGUUGGUGAUGGAGUUCUGCGGGGCCGGGUCCAUCACUGACCUAGUGAAGAACACCAAAGGCAACACGCUGAAGGAGGACUGGAUCGCUUACAUUUCCAGAGAGAUUCUCAGGGGCUUAGCUCACCUUCACGCCCAUCACGUCAUCCAUCGCGACAUCAAGGGGCAAAAUGUGCUGCUGACGGAGAACGCCGAAGUCAAGCUGGUGGACUUUGGCGUUAGCGCUCAACUGGACCGAACCGUUGGCCGACGGAACACCUUCAUCGGGACGCCAUAUUGGAUGGCUCCGGAAGUCAUCGCCUGCGACGAAAACCCGGACGCCACUUACGACUACCGGAGCGACUUGUGGUCUUGCGGGAUUACAGCGAUCGAAAUGGCUGAAGGAGCUCCGCCAUUGUGCGACAUGCAUCCCAUGAGGGCACUCUUCCUCAUCCCCAGAAACCCUCCUCCAAGACUCAAGUCCAAAAAAUGGUCCAAGAAGUUCUUCAGUUUCAUCGAGGGCUGCCUGGUGAAGAACUACACGCAACGGCCACCCACCGAGCAGCUGCUCAAACACCCUUUCAUCCGGGACCAGCCCAACGAGCGGCAGGUUCGCAUCCAACUUAAGGACCACAUCGACCGCACAAAGAAGAAGCGAGGCGAGAAGGACGAGACUGAAUACGAAUAUAGCGGCAGUGAAGAAGAGGAGGAAGAAGCAUCAGAGCAAGAAGGAGAACCAAGCUCCAUCGUCAACGUGCCGGGAGAGUCGACGCUUCGUCGGGACUUUAUCCGUCUGCAGCAGGAGAACAAGGAGCGCUCGGAGGCGCUGCGCCGCCAGCAGCUUCUGCAAGAGCAGCAGCUCCGAGAGCAGGAGGAGUACAAGCGCCAGCUGCUGGCCGAGCGGCAGAAGCGCAUCGAGCAGCAGAAGGAGCAGCGGCGGCGUUUGGAGGAGCAACAACGGCGAGAGCGCGAGUUGCGUCGUCAGCAGGAGCGUGAGCAGCGGCGGCGCGAGCAGGACGACAAACGGCGGGCCGACGAGUUGGAACGUCGCCGCAAAGAGGAAGACGAGCGGCGGCGGGCCGAGGAGGAAAAGCGGCGCGCCGACAGGGAGCAGGAGUACAUCAGACGACAGCUGGAGGAGGAGCAGAGGCACCUGGAGAUCCUACAGCAACAGCUUCUACACGAACAGGCCAUGCUGCUGGAGUACAAAUGGCGAGAGCUGGAGGAGCAACGGCAAGCUCAAAAGCUCCAGAAGCAGCUUCAGCAGCAGCAGGCCUACCUGCUGUCCCUCCAACACCAGCAGAACCUGCACCCUAGUAGUCCCAAACGGGCCCCCAAAAACCCGGAACACAACACAGAAGCAGAAACAACGGUGACUGAGUCUGAGCCGGUCACGGAGGCGGACGAGCGCUACCGGAAGAACAUCCAAGGUUCUCCUCAGUCGGCACAGACCAAACCACCACAACCCCCAGUGCCGCCGCGGUCCGAGUCCUCUUACCCCAACGGGAAUGCGGAGGCCAUGCACCGGCCUGUGGAGGCACAGGUGCGGGCCCUAAAAAGCGGCGGCAACCCGCCCCCGCCGCCCGCCACCGCCGUGUGUCGUUCGCACUCCUUCAGCGAGCCUCUCCAGCACUCUCCAUCUUCAUCAUCCUCACCAUUAUCAUUAUCAUCGUCACACAACGCACGCACCGAAGCACAAGCCCACCCUCAGACUAGACCCCAUCAAGCGGUAACCCCCACUUCUGCAGAUGUACCACCCAGGGUCCCCGUCAGGACGACGUCUCGCUCGCCGGUGUUGCCGAGGCGAGACUCGCCUCAUCGCCACGGCAACGCGCCGCACGCUGGCCCCGUUAUCAACCGCAACGCUGGCAGCGCGGCCGAGCCUCGGCUGCUUUGGGAGCGAGUGGAGAAGAUGCUUCCCAGGUCUGCUGGAAGCGGUAGUGGCAGCAGCGGAGGCUCCAGCGGAGGCUCCAGUUCCUCCAGCAGCUCGUCCAGCAACUCCAGCUCGCAGGCUGGCUCUGGAGAAAGGUUCAGGGCCCGCUCCUCCUUGAAAUCCGAGGGCUCGCCCCUCCAGAGACAGGAAAACGCCGGGAAAAAACCAGAGGAGAGGCCGAGGCCCGGCAGACCAGCGCAGGACCUGACUGCGCUCGCCAAAGAACUCCGCGCCGUGGAUGACGUCCGUCCCCCCAACAAGGUGACGGAUUACUCGUCAUCCAGCGAUGAUUCGGAUACCACAGACGAGGACGACGACGAGGAGGUCGACCAGGAGGGCGGCGAGGAAUCCACCUCGGGCCCGGAGGACUCCAGAGCUGUGUCGUCGCGGCUGAGUAACGGCGAGACGGAGUCUGUGAAAACGAUGAUCGUCCACGACGAAGGCGAAAACGACGUGGGCUCCACGCCCUGCAAAGACAGCACCCUGGUAGUCCGACAGAGCGAGCACAAAAAGAGGCCCGCCGGCUCGGCAUCCAGCCCGGGCCUCGCCCAGCACACCCCCAGCCCCCUUCAUCACCACCACCAACAUCAACACCCUCAUCACCCCCACCACCACCACCAUCAGCAGCAGCAGCAGGCCGAGCGGAACGGCUUUGCCGGCCGCAUCCAUCUCCUGCCGGACCUGAUCCAGCAGAGCCAUCAUUCCUCCCCUUCCUCCCCUUCCUCCCCGUCCUCCCCGUCCUCCUCUUCCUCAUCCAGCCUGGCCAGUCCCAUCGUGUCCCCCCAAAGCCCACUGGACAAGCUGGCCCUCCUCAUCGAGAGUCAAUCGAGCAACAACAUGCAGAAACACAAGUCAUCUUCGUCAUUCACGCCGUUCAUCGACCCGCGUCUGCUGCAAGCGUCGCCCUCCGCCGGCGGCGCCCUCAACGUCGGCUAUGGCAACGAAGCUCGUCUGGCGGAGGCGCUGAGGGCAGACCCGUCGCGCAAAGGUUCCGUGGUCAACGUGAAUCCGGUCAACACGCGCCCGCAGAGCGACACGCCAGAGAUCCGAAAGUACAAGAAGAGGUUCAACUCGGAGAUCUUGUGCGCGGCGCUCUGGGGGGUGAACUUGCUGGUGGGCACCGAGAGCGGGCUGAUGCUUUUGGAUCGCAGCGGUCAGGGCAAAGUUUACCCGCUCAUCAACCGAAGACGUUUCCAGCAAAUGGACGUACUGGAGGGACUCAACGUCCUCGUCACCAUAUCAGGUAAGAAGAACAAGCUGCGCGUUUACUACUUGUCGUGGCUGCGGAACAAGAUUUUGCACAACGACCCCGAGGUGGAGAAGAAACAAGGCUGGACCACCGUGGGCGACCUGGAAGGUUGCGUCCACUACAAAGUCGUCAAGUACGAGAGGAUCAAGUUCUUGGUUCUGGCCCUGAAGAACUCUGUGGAGGUCUACGCAUGGGCGCCCAAACCGUACCACAAGUUCAUGGCUUUCAAGUCUUUCGGCGAGCUAGUCCACAAGCCUCUGCUGGUGGACUUGACGGUAGAGGAGGGCCAGAGGUUGAAGGUGAUCUACGGCUCCUGCUCGGGCUUCCACGCCGUGGAUGUGGACUCGGGGGCGGUCUACGAUAUUUACUUGCCAACCCACAUCCAAACGCACAUUCAGUCUCACGCCAUCAUCAUCCUGCCCAACACGGACGGCAUCGAGCUGCUCGUUUGCUACGAGGACGAGGGCGUCUACGUCAACACCUACGGACGCAUCACCAAGGACGUGGUGCUGCAAUGGGGGGAGAUGCCCACCUCUGUCGCCUACAUCCGCUCCAACCAGAUCAUGGGCUGGGGCGAGAAGGCCAUCGAGAUCCGCUCGGUAGAGACAGGCCACCUGGACGGCGUCUUCAUGCACAAGAGGGCCCAGAGACUCAAGUUCCUCUGUGAGAGGAACGACAAGGUGUUCUUUGCCUCGGUGCGGUCCGGAGGGUCCAGUCAGGUCUACUUCAUGACCCUGGGCCGAAGCAACCUGCUCAGCUGGUAGACGUCUUCCUCCUCCACUUCCACUUCCUCUUGUUCCACCGCCUGGCCUUCGCUAACACUGGAUCUCAGAAGCCGACCACUUCUACAAUCGCAACCCCAUCGGGCCCCAACCGGACCCACGAACAAGGACUCCACGUACCCUUCCGUGACAGGAGGAAGGGGUCAAAUGUGAAUUCCCGGAGAAAGAACCCCUCCCACCCCACCAAAAAAAAAAAUCCUGGUGCUCGUCAUCGUCGUCCUCGUGGUUUUUUUCCCCAGACUUUGAACAUCUUCGAACCAUCGGAAAAGUUUUAACGAGUCCGUAAAUGUGCGUCAGUGUUCUUUUGUGACUGGGAUGACGGAUGAGGAUGAUGAUGAUGACGAUGAAGCCACUCCUGAUGAUGAAGUACCUCAUCAAGGUAACCCGCAAAGUAUGCGGGGACUCAUUUUGGGCAGGAAGUGAGGGUAAAAAUGGACAAAGUGUAUUCUUUUUCUUAUUCCUCCCACAUGAGCGUGAAUAUUUGUGUUUUACCUUAUUUUAUUUGUUUUUAUGAAUAAUAUUAAGAUGAUUAUUUUGCAAUGCACAUUCAGCCCUGACCCCACUCUUGCUUGCUUCCACCCACAGAGGGCAACAUGCUGUCGCCACAGAAUGUGUGCAUACCAAAAAAAGAAGUCAAUAAAGUUGUGUAUGUACAAAAAAUAUAUAAUAUUAAUAAUAUCUGUGAAUAGAAAAAAAAUGAUUUAUUGAUGAGAAAGUGGGUGUGUUUGUGAGGCAUGAGAUGAUGAUGAUGAUGAUGAUAUCCUAGUGCUCAGAAUUUUUGCAGUUGGCGCCAGAUUACAAACAAAACUGAGAAGGGGGG